GGGGGUAGCUGUGGCUGUAACGCGUUACCGGCCAGCAGCAGCAGCAGGCAUCGCUGAGCAGAUGUUGCCGUGAGAGAGAGACGCUGUUAACCGCCGCCGCCGCCGCCGCCGCUGCUGCAACAAGAGACAAGACGCGUCUUGGAUCACAAAUAGGGGAUGCAGGGCGCAUGCGCAGUGGGUUCCGUUUACUGUAGGAUAUUCACGGUGGAGGCAGAAAAAAAAGGGGGGCAGGCAACAAAGCAGGCUUUUUAAAACGGCGAAAAGCACGAUUUGUGCAAUGUAAAUAGCGAACAGGAGGGACACGAAAUUGGAUUGUCAACAGGUAGGGUUUUGGUUGAUCUUAUGGUCGGCUGUCUCUAUCGUUCUCUCAUCUUUUUUUUUUCUUUUUUUUUUCUUUUGGCCUUGUCUUGUGUGGUGGAUGCGAUUCCAGGCAAACCAUAGCGGAGACUUGGAAAUUAUUCUAGUAUAAUGGACAUGCGGAUCCGCUACACUGUUGUGCUUCAUCCGGCCGACUGGGACGCAAAGGCGAUUAUUUAAUUCUGCUCCGUGUUUAACUAAAUUCUAUCGGAUUCAAACGCGCAUUUAAAAAGAGAGAGACCACUCGACUCACGGAGGACACAUUUAAAUGCGUGUGAUGAGACAAAGGAACAAAGGAUGCCUUAGAGGAGAGGUUGCCUAUACGCCUAGAAACCUCUUCAAAGCACACCGCCAAAUGGAUCUAACGCCUCCCCCUGCCACCUCUAGAUCAUGAUACUUGGCUGAAGCUAUUCCGCUAUCUUUAUGAUCCCUCCUCCAUCUAUGGCGAACUAUAGCCAUGCAGGGGACCACAACAUCUUGCAGAAUGUCUCUCCUCUCACCACGUUCCUCAAACUGACCUCUCUGGGUUUUAUCAUUGGAGUCGGUGUGGUCGGAAACCUCCUGAUCUCCAUCCUGCUGGUCAAAGACAAGAGCCUGCACCGAGCGCCCUACUAUUUCCUGUUGGACCUGUGCGCCUCUGACAUCCUGCGCUCCGCCAUCUGCUUCCCUUUUGUCUUCACCUCGGUCAAGAAUGGGUCUGCCUGGACCUACGGCACGUUGACCUGCAAAGUGAUCGCCUUCCUGGGUGUGCUCUCCUGUUUCCACACGGCUUUCAUGCUGUUCUGUGUCAGCGUCACCCGUUACCUGGCCAUCGCACACCACCGUUUCUACACCAAGAGGCUGACUUUCUGGACGUGUUUGGCUGUCAUCUGUAUGGUGUGGACGUUGUCUGUGGCUAUGGCGUUCCCUCCGGUGCUAGAUGUAGGGACGUACUCUUUUAUCCGGGAGGAGGACCAGUGCACAUUCCAGCACCGUUCCUUCAGGGCAAAUGAUUCGCUGGGCUUCAUGCUUCUGCUGGCACUCAUCCUCCUGGCCACACAGCUGGUUUACCUCAAGCUCAUCUUUUUCGUCCACGACCGUCGAAAGAUGAAGCCCGUCCAGUUCGUGCCUGCCGUCAGCCAGAACUGGACCUUCCAUGGCCCAGGUGCCAGCGGGCAGGCGGCGGCUAAUUGGCUGGCUGGAUUUGGUAGAGGCCCCACCCCGCCUACUUUGCUGGGCAUCCGGCAGAACAGCAAUGCAGCGGGCCGCAGGCGUCUACUGGUAUUGGAUGAAUUCAAAACCGAGAAGAGGAUUAGUAGGAUGUUCUACAUCAUGACGUUUUUCUUCCUGGCACUGUGGGGGCCCUACCUGGUCGCCUGCUACUGGCGAGUGUUUGCAAGGGGCCCCGUUGUCCCUGGAGGCUACCUGACAGCAGCCGUGUGGAUGAGCUUUGCCCAGGCUGGGGUCAAUCCUUUCAUCUGCAUCUUCUCCAACAGAGAGCUUCGGCGUUGCUUCAGCACCACACUCCUCUACUGCAGAAAAUCCAGGUUACCAAGGGAACCCUACUGUGUUAUAUGAGGGUUUUACUGUGGGUUUUUUUCUCAUCUAUGUCUCUAUUGCCCUGAUUGAUCUUGAUCUGGGUUCGCUCCCAUUGUACAGCGUACUCUCUCUUUCUAUCUCCCUUCUCUUCAUCCUUCAGUUUCCUCCUGUUCCUCCUUCUCCUGGCCCUUCUUUUCCGAGGUUGAAGGUGGACUGCCAAUCACGUGGCUGUGCUGGUGCGAUUGAAUCUAAAUCGUAUCACACACGGAGGCUGAAGGGAAUGGGAAUAACGCAGGGGGAAUGGAUCACCUCCUGUGUUUAUGUUCUAGUAAACAGACAUUGUGGAAGGCCAUGCCAAUGCAGAGAUGCAAAAAGUUGAAAGAAAAAAAAAAAAGAAAGAGCGAUUUGACAAAACAGUGAAAACAAGACGUCUUGCUUUGGAUAUUUUGAAGACACGUUAUUCUGUGAGGUGUGAAAUACGUAAGUAUGAAAAGAAAAAAAAAACACAAAACAAAGAAAUGAUACCUCUCAAGGAAUCACUGGAAAUGUUUUACAUUUUAAGAGUUGCACUAAAAAGAAGAUGUAAAGAUGCUUUUUUUUUUUGGUCGACAGUUGCAUUGCAAGGACAACUUUUUUGUUGUUUUUUCCUUCUCUCCCCCUCUCCCUCCAAACUAAACAAUGAAUGCUUUAAUUUGCAACAGACUACACAACCGCUGUAAGUAAAGCAAAAACUGUUGGAUUACACCAUCACAAGAGGAUAAAAUGGUUUUAAUGUAAGUGAUAUCUCUUUCAUUUCCCGGGCAGGGGGCUUAACGAUGGGGGAUUUACAAUGUGUGGUUUUGAAGUUGCAACUUAAAAUCUAGAAAUGAUUUCUUGUAGUUUUACGAUCCAUAUGUCCCUAGUGUCUGGCAUUGUUAUUUUCCUAACACAUUUUACAAAAAACAAAACAAAACAAAAAAAAAAAAACAGAGGAAAAAAAAGAUGAAGUGAUGUUUGGAAUUAAAAAAAAAAACAAGUUGCUUUUGAAAACAACCUUGUGCUUAAAAAAGACAUUGAAGAAGUAGUUAAAUGUUUCAUCAUAUCCAUGUACCUAAACACUAUCACAUUGUUACAGUAUUGCUGAUGCCACUCCGGGUGUUCUUGCCUUAAUGGUUAUGAUAUUGUCAUGUUUCUGGGGUUUAUUUUCAAUCACUCCUGAAAAGUUUUCUUCUUCUUCUUCUUUUUUUUUCCUUUUUUUCCCCCUUUAGGUGCAAGGGGAGAUUUUUUUUUUCUUCUUCCUAUUUUUCACAUUAGUGUGAAGUGCAUGUUCAUUUUUAAAAGCUGGUCCACUCCCAUGUGCAUCACAGGCCAUACACUGAGCAGCCCAUUUUUAUUCUGCAAUGGUUUGCUACACCCCACAGAGUGCUCAGAGCACAGGGAGAGUGUGUGAGUCUGUGUGUUUAUGUGUGUGUGUGUGUGUGUGUGUGUGUGUGUGUGUGUGUGUGUGUGUGUGGAUCAGACAACAGUCACUUCAAGACCAGAGCCUUAGUAUGAAAUCUUGCACAAUUUGUAAAAAAUGUAAAAGAAAAAAAAAAGAGAGACAUUUAAGGCACACCGUCUUGUUUCUACUUUCCCUACAUUUGCUCUCUACUGAUUGUUUUCAGUGACUUACUUUUUUCUCUUGUGGCCAUUUUAAUAUUUAUUAUGUAUUCUUUUUUGUAUAUUAUAGAUAGAUUGUGUGUAAGUAUGUGAGUCUUUUCAUUUUGAAGUCCCGAAUGUGAGUACAGUUUCAGUUAGGAUUGCAUUUGCUGAAAGUUAACUGUGUAAUCUGUUGCUUUUUGAAAAUAAAAAGUUUCCAUUUUGCAAAA